AUGGCGGUUCUUACCCUCGUCUAUCGCGCCUUGCCCUUCUCCCUCCUCUGGAAAAGGCGUCAGUCAACAAGCUCCGCCGGCAGUAAGGGAAAAGAAAAAGAAGAUGAAGUUCAAUCUCCGGACUCAGGGUAUAGCUCACAAAGCGGUCCCCAAAUUGAUUAUCACGAUGCCGAAAUCCCCGACGCAUCCCUGCACUGUGACGUCUCGCACGCCCUGCAUAUAGCGGUGAAGCAACAUCUAGACCCGAAAGCCAUGAGGUACGACACACAGGGCGACGAGUCAGUAGAGGAGGAUGCAUCUUCCUCAUAUUUUGACUCAAUCCCCGGCUGCAAGCCCGACCGGCUCGCAGAGAAGUGCGAACCUUCCGCACGGCCGCAGCUUGCUCGCGUGGUGAGCUGGGCGAGUAUUGUUCGCAGCCAAUGCCGCUGGACGAGUGGUCAGGAGAAAAAGCUCCAAGAUGCAAGAAGGCAACUUGCAAGAUGUCAGAAGGCUUGGAGUUCGGAGCAAGAGUUAUGGUUAGCCUAUAUACAAGCCCUCAGCGAAGAAAAGGAGGCGCAUGGUGACUUUUUGCUCUUACGCACGAGACAGCAAGAUGACGAGCAGCAUCAAUUUCGCAAGGCAUGGAAACGACGGCGAUCUUUCGAAACGACUUUGCAACUCAACAGCCCAACGGUGAAUAGUAAUGUGGGCAUGAGUAACAAGUUUCGUCGACUACACCGACAUGGAUACCUGGAAACUCCUCUGGUAACAACAGAUUCCACAGUACUAGCAUGUCGAGGGUGA